UCCUGUCAGAAAUAUUGUACAACACGCUACUCUAUACAAUUCACUCCAACUUCUCUGGAUUGAAUCUGCACCUUUCACGUUUGAUACUUCAGAAAGUUUUAGUCCUUUCCCCAAGGCAAGAAAUUCAUGGCUGUCAAGAACCCUCUCACGUGUCUUGCGCUCCCGCUACCCACUUAUCACAUUACUCAACAAAAAAUUUCAUCGCUUACAAUGACAGGCACAGAAAUUUAUCUGUUGUGUCGCGCUCUUGAUCAAUUGGGUCGGUGUGAGGGGCACCACUUGAAUAUGAGUUAAAAAUCUGAUUUUGUUUCACGCUUUCAAUCAGAUCAUGAAACAGACACACAGUUGCCAUGGCCUCGGUGUCUUCUCUUAGUGUCAGACUUGGACCAGUGCAAUUUGACCGGAUUCUUAAGGGAAAUUUUCAACAGGGUUCUCUUGUCCCAAAGCAAAAGUGCGUUUGGGCAUUUGGAUUGGUUUCAAAGAAAUCCAGAGAUAAGAACCUAAACGCUUGCAGGCAAAUCGGGCAUAGCGAAAACUCCUUUGGGGAUGUCAAAUUGCUGCUGCAGAGUCACACUGUUGACCAACAAUCUGAUUUUGGGGUUUCUGUGGAAGUGCUGAGAAAGAAAGAAGAGGAACUCAGUGCUUCGGAAAGAGCUCUGGAACUCCAUAAACAGGAGUUGAGUAGGAUUCACAAUGAUUUGAGCCGCCAGGAAAAGAAGUUCGCUGAUGCUCUUGCUCUGCAAGCCGCGCUUCAACAAGAGUUGGACAGGUCUAAACAUGAUUAUGAUGCCCUGGUUUGGGAACUUGAUGGUAUCAAGAUUGCACUCAAGGAAAGGGAAACAGAGGUUUUUAGUGCCCAAGAGGCGUUGGCAUCGAAAGAGAAGGACCUGGAAAUCUUAAGGGGAGAGAUACAGAGCAAAGAUGAUCAACUGGCCCAGGCCGAUUUGAAUUUUAAGCUUAAAGACCAUCUUUUGAAUGAGGCCAAUCUGAUUGUUAGCAGACAACAGGGUGAGAUCACAGAGAUGCAGCUGGUAUUGACAAAGCAGGAGAAUGAUCUGUUGAGGUCCCUAGGCAAGAGAGAGGAAGAAGAAAUGAAGCUUAAAAUUGCUGAGAAUAUGCAUGAGAAAAGGUGGGUGGCAUGGUUGGUUGCCCUGCAGAAAAUGAAAGAAGUUGCUCAGGAGGUCUGUAAACAUAAAGGGAUAGCCUUAGUUGGCGAUGAAGAGUUGCAGAGUGUGAGAGAUAGCCUUUCUGCUGUGAAAGAGGAGCUCCUAAGGUCACAGAGAUCUCUGGAGGAGUCUCGCAGUAGACUGUCUGCCCAAGAAACUCAAAUUGAAGAGCAAAAGCAGGAGCUGUUGAGACAGAGGAAUGCAAUACUUGAUUACCAGCAAAAAUUGAGACAUGCCCAUUUAGAAAUUGAGAAUGAAAGGGAAAAGCUUGUGGUUGCAGAGCAAGAAAACAUUGUGCUUCAAAGUGACUUGUGGUGUGAGAAAGAAGCUGUGGAAGAGUUGACUGCAGCUCUGCAAAGAGACAGAACCCAUUUGCAGCAGAGUAUUCAAGCAGCAGAGUUUCUCGAGAAACAACUAGAGGAGAAAAGUUUAGCUCUUGCAGAGACCAAGACAUUGCUAGCGCUUAAUGAAUCUAAACUGGUUGCAGUUAUGCUGGAAAUGCAGAAACUGAAGUCUGAACUUUCAUCAAUGCAAGUUAUGUUGGAGGAGAAGGGGAAUGACCUAAACUCUGCUCAGGGAUAUAUUGAGGAACUGCAUGAAGAAAUCUCCUGGUUAAAAGACCAAAUGAGGACUAAAGAAGAUGAGCUUCUCGAGGCAACAAAUUUGUUGCAGGAUAAGGAGAGGAAAAUGAAUGUGAUGCAGCUUGACAUGGAUAAUGAUAAGAUCAGAUUGUCUCAGGCUGAGAACAUGGUGGAGAACAUUGCUAACCUAACAAAUACACUUGUGGGUUCUGCUGCAGAAAGCAGGAGUCUAAGUAUGGAUGAAGAUUCAUUGCAGAUUCAAACCAACUGCGACCUGUUUUCAUUGAAGCGGGCACUGAUAGAAAAGGGGUUGGAAAUCCAGAGACUUUUGGAGAAAUCAGAGAAGGAUUUGGAGAAAUAUCAACAAAUGAAAGCUGAGGUUGAAUUUGUUAAAGGGCUUCUCACGGAUAAAGAAAAAGAACUCAUGGGUACCCAGAGAGCUCUGGUUGUGAAGGAUGAGGAACUCAAAUCUCUUGUCAACAGAUGGGAAUGCAGAGAAAAGGAAGUUAUGAAGAUGAGGGAGGAUGUGAUUCAGGAGGCAAAUGGUCUGAAAGAGUUGUAUGCAACUGUACAGAACAAAAUAGGGGAUAAAACUCUUGGGGAGUUGGCAUUGGAGAAGCUUGAGCUUGAUGCUGUCAAGUUAGAAGCAGAGGCUGCCAUGCUUGCAUUGGAAAAUCUUGUGGAUCUUAGCAGGAAAUAUCUUAAAGAAACUAAUGAAUUGUCUUUGAUUGAAAGAAAAAUGUUUGAAAAUCCUACUCAGUUGGAAAGCACUUUGCCGGAAUCGCUAACGGCAGACAUUGUUGAUAUGAAUCACAGAGUUGUUGAAAAGGAUAUGGCAUUUAACCACACAAAGCAAGCUGUUACAGAUCUCACUGAAAUGACAAACCAGUUAGUUGUAGAAGCCCCGGAAAUAAAUUCUCAAGACACCCAAAACAAAGCCAGAGCACACUGUAAUGGGAAACAAGCUUCGAAGCCAUCCGAGAAAUUGGUCAUGGCCGUCGCUUAACAAACCAGGUUAUCAGAAAAACUAUUAUAUUGUGAUUACUUGUACAGCGUUUUGACAUGAAAUAGGAAGUUUGACUUAUAUGUAUACAUAUUUUCUGUUGCAAAUUCAUGUGGGCAUUGCAACAAAUGUAUUAUUCUGAAAAUGUUAAAUCAUAAAUUAGUAUUGUAUGUUGA